AUGGCGUCUCGGAAGAAGGUCCUCCUCAAGGUUAUCAUUCUCGGUGACAGCGGCGUUGGCAAAACAAGCUUGAUGAAUCAAUAUGUCAACAAGAAAUUCAGUGGAAGUUAUAAAGCGACCAUCGGCGCCGACUUCCUGACCAAGGAAGUUCUAGUGGAUGACCGACUGGUGACGAUGCAGAUCUGGGACACUGCGGGUCAGGAGCGAUUUCAAUCAUUGGGCGUUGCCUUCUACCGAGGAGCUGAUUGCUGUGUCUUGGUCUACGACGUGAACAACUCCAAGAGUUUCGAGGCUCUUGACAGCUGGCGGGAUGAAUUUUUGAUUCAGGCGAGCCCGCGUGAUCCUGAGAGCUUUCCUUUUGUGGUCAUUGGUAACAAGAUCGAUGUGGAAGAAAACAAGCGGAUGAUCUCUUCGAAACGAGCAAUGACAUUCUGUCAGUCCAAGGGCAAUAUUCCUUACUUCGAGACCAGUGCUAAGGAGGCAGUCAAUGUCGAGCAAGCAUUCGAAGUGAUUGCCCGGAGUGCGCUCGCACAGGAGGAAGCGGAGGAGUUUAGUGGCGAAUUCAGUGACCCGAUCAACAUCCAUCUGGACAAUGAGCGUGAUGGCUGUGCCUGUUGA